CAACUUUAGUAGGAAUUCCAAUUCCAAACAAGGGAGUCACGUCCAAUUUAUUUUCUGUCUUCUGUUCGCCUCAAAAAAAACAAGUAAACCGGUUAAAUUAUGUCUUCCAAACCAAUUUUAUACUAUGCCGCUCGAAGCCCCCCUUGCCGUGCUGUUUUAUUAGCCGCAGCCGAAAUAGGCGUCGAAUUGGAUCUUCGCCCAAUGAAUCUUCUUGCUGGCGAACACAAGACUCCAGAGUUCUUGAAGAUCAAUCCACAACACACAAUUCCAGUGCUCGACGACAAUGGAGUUAUUAUUACAGACAGCCACGUAAUCUGUGCCUACCUCGCCGACAAGUACUCCAAGAACGACAACCUCUAUCCCAAAGAACUGUUUGCACGCAACAAUGUCAUGACGCGUCUGUUCUUCGAUUGUGGCCAUCUCUUCCCAAGAGUUCGGAUGGCAGUUGAGCCGGUCUUAUACUUUGGCCGUCCGAAUGUUCCUCAAGAAACUAUCGAGUAUAUUCAAAAGGCCUACGUUAAUGUGGAGAGUUGUUUAACAGGUCAUCCGUAUGUUUGUGGAGAGAAUUUGACUAUUGCAGAUCUGUGUUGCAUUGCAACCAUUUCGACGGCACACAAUUUGGCUCCAAUUGACAAGAAGACUUUCCCUAAUCUAUUUGCAUGGGUCGAACGUAUGUCAGCGUUGCCGUACUAUGAGAAAUGCAACGGCGAGGGAGCUAAGUUAUUGCAUGAAAUCUUUUUACAGAAAAUGGAAGAAAAUAAGAAGAAGUGAAAAUUUGUUAAUCAAAUUGUUGAGUUUGAAAAUUUUUCAAUAAAGAAGAAAAUAUUUAAAUUAAAAUUGGCA